AUGACUGGAGGAAAAGAAGGUAACGACAAAGAGAGUGGGCUAAUUUACAUUCUUUUGUGGACACCUGCAGAUAAAGAACCAUUUAAUUACCUGGAUAAAGGUCAAGAAGCUUUCACAAAAAGAAAUUGUCCAUACCAAAACUGUUUUCUAACUAGUAACCGUACAUAUUUUGAUAAUACAUUAUACUACGAUGCUAUAUUAUUUAAUGCAUGGCAUUUAAAUACGGGUCCCACUGAGGAUAUCCCAAAAAAUCGCAGUGAAACGCAGGAGUAUUUUUUAGUUGGGCAGGAAUCCGCCGCACUGUAUCCAAUACCCCCCAACUUUAAUAACUUUUUUAACAUGACCUGGACAUACAAACUCUCGUCAGACGUAAUUCAUCCAUACAUAACAGUAAAAAACAGUCGCGGAGUAACAAUAGGACCCAAAAUGGAUAUGAAUUGGGAAGAAAACAUGUUAUCACCAGAUCAUGGCGUUAUAUCAAAAGUCAAUAACAAAAGUAUUGCGGCAGCAUGGAUUGCAUCAAACUGCGCAAACGGUGGUCACCGCUAUUAUUUUGUAAAAAACUUGCAACACCAAUUAUUAAAAUAUGAUCACCGUGUGGACAUCUACGGAAAAUGUGGAAAUUUAUUUUGUCCUGAAGGCGAGAGAAUGAAUGAAUGUUUUGGAGCAAUAGAAUCAGAUUAUUAUUUUUAUUUGGCCUUUGAAAAUUCAUUUGCUGAAGAUUAUGUUACUGAAAAGUUGUUGCAUGCUUUAGAACACUUUUCUGUGCCAAUUGUAUAUGGAGCUGCAAAUUAUUCAAGGUAA